UAAGAAUGAACUUUGUCUCAUUUCCUCUUACAAAGACUAGGAGUCUCGACUUGGAUCAGUAGCUCCCUGGGGUACGGGGGGAAAAUGAGAUAAAAUCCACUUCAGACUCUCUGCUUAGUACUUCAGAGUUACCCUGGGCCUUUAUUUCAGGGAUCUGGACGUUUUAUAGUUAAUGGUUGAUUGUGUUGGAACGUCAUUGUGCGCCUCGAACGGCGUGUGCUUUGGGCAGAACAGGAGAUGGGUCUGCUGGAGGGGAGAGAAGCUGUUCCCAGUGUAUAAUCUGACACAGAUGUCUUCAGGGUGUUGUCCAAAUAAAGGGAAGUCGCCUUGAACUCAGCCAAGCAGCAUGUAUGACAGCAGAUCGGAUGAUGCUGGAUCUGAACCAGCUGUCAGCAAUGCGGACGCCCACGGCAGCAGGGGGUCCAGACAGGGCUCCGUUGUGGAGCGGCUCUCGAGGUAUGGCAUGCAGGUCAUGCCGGGUGCUUUCCAGCCGCAGCGUAGGUCGCGGCUGCAGAGGCAGAGAGAGGUCACUGACAGCUCCGCGCACGGAGAACUGCAGAGAGAAGCUCCGGAGAGAAGCUCGCUCACACCGGCUAUGCGUAAAAAGUACCUGAAAGAGCUGCUGUUGGGUAACUCAUCUCAUAGCGGGCUUAGCAGCGUGUUAUCCUCACAGUCUGACAGCGUGUCCUCAGACCAGGACGCAGACUGGGCUCUGUACCCGAUGGAGCACGCCUGGAUGCUGAGCGCAGUGGAGGGGAGCUAUGAAACCAUCCUGGAGUUCAUCUCCGCGGACCCACAUCUAUUGACAAGGAAGGAUUUUAUCAGUGGAUACUCUGUCCUUCACUGGCUGGCCAAGAGAGGACAGGACGAGACUCUGAUCAAACUUUUGCGGUUCGCAGAAAAGGCGGGGAUCAAUGUUAAUGUGAACGUGCGGGGCAGCGGAGGGCUCACCCCGCUGCACGUCGCCAGCAUGCACAGACAGUACAUGGUCAUCAAGCUGCUGGUGGGCGCGUUCGGUGCCAACGUCGAUGCCAUGGAUUACAAUGGGAAGAGACCCUGGCAGUAUCUGGAGGGAGACGCCCCGCAGGAGAUGAAGGAGCUGCUGGGGACCUGGGACGAUGAGCACAGCCGUGGAUAUGCGCACAACAUUAACAAUAACAGCAACAUCAGCGGCGCUGGAGCAGCGAUUAUGACUGCGCACGAUGAAGUGGAUAGUAGAGAGACUGUGGAGGUCAUGAACUCCUUUCACCGGACUACAAGGGGGGGCAGCUGGAGGUUUGGGUCACUGAGGAAGCUGCUACCCUCGUUGUCAUUCCUGGGAAAUAAGAGCUGAGUGAAUAUGGGACAGCUCCUUAACUACAGGAGUUAUUUUUAUAUUCAGUGACUUGCAAUUCAAAGUCUCUAUAAACUCAUCACUGAUAAGAAAACCCAUGCUUACAGGAUACAUUUAACUGCUUCAACAAUGUAUGUUGCUUUAUUAGUGCUCUGCAGCAACAACUUCACACAAAUAUUGAAUAUAUUGAAAUUUUACUCAAUUUCCAACUAAACCUGUACAUUUCUUUUGAUUUAAAGAUUCGUCUUUCAAAAAUGAGCGGUAAUCAAGCAACUACAUGAAACUUGGAAAGAAAACCAUUCAUGUUUUAUAUCCGAAACUUGACAUUUUUAAGGGGUUCUCAAGCCAAUGUGUGAGAAAAAUACAUCUACUAGCACUUGUCACUGAUACAUUGAAUGAACGCUCUUAAACAAGACUUUUUUUUUUAAGAAACUCGUCUACACUGCACUUCUUCUCAGCAUGGUAUGCUGCUGACCCAGUUCUGCCCUAUGUAAACAACCUAAUAGUCUGACGUGGCAAACUUUUCCUUUUUUUAUCACCCAAAUAUACAUUAGAGUUUGUCUUUCCCGACAAAACUCUCUGAAAGGCUGUGUUGUCUUUAGCUCAAGCUGCAAACCCAGAGUUCAAAUUCCUGCCCACAAUCUUCCAUGAAAAAGUGACUCAAGUAUUUUCUGUGGUCAAAAGGGU